GACUGCACGCGGAAGGAAACCCGCCAUUGGAGGCAAAUCACAACGUGAUAGCGUCGUAUAAGUGCACUGUAUUAAACGUGCAAUUUUUAGUCAUUUUAUACCUAUUGCUGGUAUUUUGUCGGAGUGAUGGCGUACAGAGGACAAGGACAGAAGGUCCAGAAGGUUAUGGUGCAGCCCAUUAACCUUAUUUUCAGGUAUCUGCAAAAUCGCUCACGGAUCCAGGUCUGGUUGUAUGAACAGGUGAACAUGCGGAUAGAGGGCUGCAUCAUUGGUUUUGAUGAAUACAUGAACCUGGUUCUGGAUGAUGCUGAGGAAGUCCACAUGAAGACUAAAAACAGAAAACCACUGGGGAGAAUCAUGUUGAAAGGAGACAACAUCACCUUGCUGCAGAGUGUGUCGAACUAGGACAUGGGCGGCAAUUUCUACAACUCUUAUCUUCCCUAGAAAGAAUAGUUUUUCUUCCUUUCAUUUUUAUUUCUCCAGAUGGUGUUGGAUAUGAUUGUUUAUAUAACAUGAGUAUGUAAUUGUUUUUUUUGGCCACGUUCUUAUGUUUUGAGAAUAAAAUUGUUUUCUUACAAUUGU